AUGACACUUGUGAAUGGAAAUGAGAACUCAGUGCAGAUCUGCACAAAGCCAGCACAAGUGCAAGCCAUAAUAGGAGAGACAUAUUCAUCAGUGUCCAUGGCUAUAUCAAAGAGUAUUGGACCUGUAGGCGUGCCCUUAAUCAGUUACUUUGCAACCUGUGAGUGUCUGAGUGACAAGAGGAAAUAUCCCUCAUUUCUGCGCACUAUUCCCAGUGAUUAUUACCAGACCUUAGCACUUGCAGAGAUGGUCAAGCACUUUGGCUGGACCUGGGUGGGAGCAAUAAGAAGAGAUGAUGACUAUGGUAACAGUGGAAUGGCUGCAUUUACUAAAAUUGCAGAGCAGCUUGGCAUAUGCUUAGAAUAUUCACUUCCAUUUUUUUUGUCCUACUCACAAGAAAAAAUUUUGAGAAUCGUUGAGCAAAUUAAAAGUUCCACUUCUCGAGUGAUAGUGGCAUUUGUCACUCGCUGGGACCUGGAGAUGUUGCUUCAAGUAUUUGCUGAACACAACAUCACUGGAUAUCAGUGGGUGGGAACUGAGGGAUGGAUUGCUGAUCCCCUGGCAGCCACAUUGGACAAGUACAAUAUAUUGCAAGGAGCCAUAGGGCUAGCUAUUCCCAAAACAAUGGUAACAGGUCUGAAGGACUUCAUUCUAGAUGUAAAACCACUGAAAUCAGUAGGCAGUGAUAUUUUUACAGAAUUCUGGGAGGCUUUGUUUACCUGUACAUAUAGAGGACAGAAUAAUUCAGUGGGCAUGCCAAUGUGCACAGGUGAAGAGAAACUGUCUGAAGUGAAAAACACCUUCACUGACAUGUCCAUGAUGCCCAUUUUCAAUAAUGUAUAUAAAGGAGUGUAUGCCAUUGCCCAUACACUCCAUGAACUUCUUGGCUGCAAACAAACAUGUCCUACAAGGAAGCAGCCUGAUCCUUUCACUGUGAGUUAACAAUGUUUGUUAGGCACAGGUUUUUGUACUGUUGGCUUUAAAACUUUGGUAUGAAUAAGCAGCACCAAUUGAAAUAACCAGGCAAAAUUUUUAACAUUGUGAAAUACAGAUUCUUAUUAACCUAUGAAUUUUACUUCAUUCAAUCAGUUUCUAGAACACUUGAAAAAAGUGCGUUUCAAGACAAAAGAAGGUGAAGAUGUUUAUUUUGAUAAAAAUGGUGACCCUCCAGCAAAAUAUGAAAUAAUAA